UGUUGUGCACAUAUUUCCCUUGCACAAAAUCCAACCCUGUAAUGAUAGAGGUGUCACCUAAAGAAGACUGAGUGGAGGUGACUCCAGGGAUAAAGGACUCGGGGUACAUUCUCUCCGGAGGCUCCUGGGGUUCUGUUGCUGGAGAUGUUGCCAUUCCCGGGACUGAACACUUUGGGCAAACUGUGUGGUUCAGGCCGCAGUAAGGAAGCUCAGCAGCCCAGCAAAAACAAACCAGGGACCUCAGUGAAGCGCAUGUCAAUCAUAGAAGAUGGGGAGAUCGCAGAGGUGCUUUACCUUAUCCCCAAGCAGACUCUGCUGCAGCACAUGCCCUAUCUCAAUCCCGACGAUUAUUACUUGUGUGAGGAGCUAACGGGCCUCCCCGAUGGGCUGGUGGCCCACACUCAUGAUUCAGGCCAGGCUACAGAGAAGCCCGUUAUCCAGUGCCACAAGUGCGGAGAGCCAUGCAAGGGAGAAGUCCUCAGGGUCCAGGCCAAACACUUCCACAUAAAAUGCUUCAUUUGCAAAGUCUGUGGAUGCGACUUGGCACAAGGAGGGUUCUUCAUCAAGAACGGAGAGUACCUGUGCUCCCUCGACUACCAGCGCUUGUAUGGGACACGUUGCAGUGGCUGCGGAGAGUUUGUAGAGGGAGAGGUUGUAACUGCACUAGGAAAGACCUAUCACCCCAACUGUUUUGCCUGCACAUCUUGCAAGCACCCGUUCCCUCCGGGAGACCGGGUUACCUUCAAUGGGAGGGAUUGUCUCUGCCAAAACUGCGCUGCCAUGCCGAUGUCACCAGGACCAACUGAGAUUUCCAACUCCAGCAGUUGCGCUGGCUGCGGCAGAGACAUAAAGAAUGGACAGGCCUUACUGGCGCUGGACAAGCAGUGGCACUUGGGAUGCUUUAAAUGCAAAUCUUGCGGGAAGGUUCUGACUGGUGAAUACAUAAGCAAGGAUGGCUCCCCUUACUGUGAAAAGGAUUACCAGAAGAUGUUUGGUGUGAAGUGUGAGGCAUGCAAUGAGUUUAUCACUGGGAAAGUGCUAGAGGCAGGAGACAAGCAUUAUCACCCCAGCUGUGCACGAUGCAGCAGAUGCAACCAGAUGUUCACCGAAGGGGAAGAAAUGUACCUACAAGGUUCAACCGUCUGGCAUCCGCACUGUAAGGAAACCACCAAGGCCGAGGAGAAGCUGCGGCUCUUACCACCCCUGUUUGGCGGUUACAAACGCAGGCAGCCCACAAGAUCAUCUAGUGAAAGCGUCUACUCAAGGCCUGGAUCCAGCAUUCCAGGGUCUCCAGGACACACCAUAUGUGCUAAAGUAGAUAAUGAAAUUCUGGAUUACAAGGAUCUGGCCGCCAUUCCAAAAGUAAAAGCCAUUUAUGACAUAGAACGUCCUGAUCUUAUUACUUAUGAGCCCUUCUAUACAUCCACUUAUGAGGAACGGCAGAGUGUGGGAGAGCCUCAGAGCCCAAGAAGUGACAGGUCAUCCGUGCGUGGAGAGAGAUCACCCAGGACUGUGUCCCCAACACCCUCUAUGGAGGGUUACCAAGAUGGCCGGGACCGGGUGAUGCAGAGGUCGACUAGCCAGGGCUCCAUCAAUUCUCCAGUGUACAGUCGCCAUAACUACACCCCCACUAUCUCGCGCUCCCCACAGCACUUCCACAGACCUGAGCUGUUGCGUACUGGUGGGCAACGAUUGCCUUACAUGCGCACCAGCAGUUUCAGCUCCACCCUCAGCGACUCCCGUCCCAACUCCCCAUUCCGACACCACUCGAUCUUACAUGUGAAAGGCAAUGAGCCAAACAGCGGCAGGAAUUCCCCAAUCCCUUAUCGACCAGACAGUCGCCCUCUCACUCCAACAUACGCUCAGGCCCUUAAACAUUUCCACCUUCCAGAUCAAGGCAUUAACAUUUACAGGAAGCCUCCAAUCUACAAGCAAUACGAUGCAGCUGCUUUGGCAGCACAGAACAGCGAGUCCGAGGAUAUCAUCAAGUCCUCCAAGUUCCCGGCCGCUCACGCACCGGCACCCAAUGAGGUCCCAAAGAUUGAGACAGAUUACUGGCCCGGCCCACCUUCUCUUGCUGCCAUAGGUUCUGAUUCCAGGAGACGGUCUAGUGCUCGGGAGGAGGAUGAUGAAGAACUGCAGAAACGCAGACAGCUUCAUGAGGAGCAGCUACUGAAGUUAAACUCAGGUCUGGGUCAGCUGAUACUGAAAGAAGAGAAAGAGAGUAGAGAGCGGUCUCAUUCUUCCCACCGAUACGACUAUCUACAUUCUGAUUCUUCCAAAACCUCCUCCCUCCCUGGCUAUGGAAGAAAUGGACUCCACCGGCCGGUCUCAACUGACUUUGGCCAAUAUGACAGUUACGGGGAUAUAAGUGCAGACAUUCGAGAUUAUCAGUCGCUACCAGAUGGCCACGUUCCUGCAAUGAGAAUGGAUAGGGGCGUCUCUAUGCCUAACAUGUUGGAGCCAAAGAUUUUCCCCUAUGAGAUGCUUGUCAGCACCAACAGGGCACGCAACAAGAUCCAAAGGGAUAUCGACAGAACCAGACUGGAGCGCCAUCUUGCCCCUGAAAUCUUUCAAGAAAUCUUUAGGAUGACCAUACAGGAAUUUGAUAAACUGCCUCUCUGGAGACGCAACGAAUUGAAGAAAAGAGCCAAACUCUUCUAAUUCCCUCUGCGGGAUAUUGUUUUGGGGAAGAAUCAGACGUGGCGAGCCACGGGACGCCAUCCAAUACCGAAGCCCCAUCUGAAAAUAUCUGAUGUGGGACAGAACCAAUGGGCAGGAUUAUGGGCAGGGGCGCAAAUAACUCCCUGACACUCUGUUGGUGGGCUACUAAUACUCAGCUGGGGGCCACUAAUACUCAGCUGGGGGGCCACUAGGCAAGGAGAAUGGCCGCCUGUAACUACCAGACAGGUGAAAUCACUCUGCCACCAUAUUAUCCAGGAAGUAUGGGGGGGGGGGCGUGAGAUGCCAGUGUGUGUGUGUGUGUGUUUUAUUUUUUUGUGUUAGUGAUUUUUCCUUAAAUUCUGUUAAAUACCGGACAUGAGUCCCUGUGCUUUGGUUAUCACUCUGAAUGUGAGCAGUGUAAUAAUCAAGUGCCAGCUCUGCUUCUACCAAACCUAACCGACUUCAUUUGCUCUUGGCAAUGCUCACACCCAUUUUUUUUUUUAACUACGGGAUCCUGACACCCCCCUUUCACAUAUAGCGAUAGAUGAGGUGAGUUUUCUGCACAUAUGCGGGGUCUUAUUGCGUAUGAUCGGCUUAUUUUUGGCAGCCCAUUCAUGUGCCAUUUUUAUGUUUUUAAUUUUUCUUCUUUUGGAACCCGUUUAAUCCGUUUGCAAAGAGUUCAAGACUGUAUUGAACCCUCAAUGGGGGGGGGGGAUUUACAAAGAACUUAGCUUGAAAAAUCUGCCUUGUUAAAUACAUAAAUGACUCCACCAGGAAAGACUUUUCCGGCCAUGAACUCAGCGUUAUUAGGCUUUUGUCGACCUCACUCCCAGAUACCUUAAAUGAUGACGACAAGAGCAGCAGAUAAAUGACAAAGCAGGGAUUGAGGGGUUAAUCAAGUUGUUCCUCCUUACACCCAAAGGUGGGGACAGCUGGUUUCAGGCAUCCCCCCAAAUGCUGAGUUGAUGACAAUUCUAUCAAGUUGACUCUUAAAGUGACGGUUUCUGUUACGUUAAUCAAGUUGAUUUUAAUUAUGGAAGACAAAGGGGCUAUUUUGCUCUUUGUGCAUCUCCCAUGGAUGACGAGUGACCUGCUCUUUCCCUGCUGACAAUCCUGAAGGAAUUUCUCCAGUCAGUGGAUUUGCAGAAGAAAAUCAAUGGCUUUACUGUUCGGACUCUCUUUUUUUCCCAAUGAAUUGUCUCUCGACAGAACACACUCCAUUAACCUUGUUUUUUUCAUGUUUCUUCUUUUCUCUCGUUUGCAUGGACAGUCCACUGUUUGAAUAGGCUGAAUGGCAUUAAUUGUGUUUUAAUCCAGCGGAGUUUGAAGUCAAGAUAGAAAGCUUUCUAAUGGCCAAAAAGAUGUCUUUCUCAUUGGGCACCUACCAUAUAUUAUAGCCGGACACUAGGAAUGUCUAUAACGUAUCAGAUCUAUUAAAGGAUGAUGUAUGAAAUGUAUGUGUGAUAUUGACAGUGAGAAACCUUCCCCUGCUAUGGUGCUUAAUGUCUAGGGCUGCUCUGUCACUCAUAUAUCUCUACUGCCGCUCAUUAAAGUGAAAUAUAAAGGACAA